GCUCCUGCCAGCUAGCAUGGCGGCAGCGACGAGCUAGCGGCGAUGAGUUAGCAGUGCGGGCGAUGGCAGACAAGUAGCGAGGCCGGGUCAAAGCUCGCAGCGUGUCCGUGCCGCGGUCGGGUGAACGCUUCGCACCGCACCGCGCCAGCAUGUUUUCGUCCGCCUGGAAUUUUGUCAAGCGCCACAGAAGGAAAUUCAUCUUGGCCGGAGCCGUCGUGGGAGGAGUGUACUUCCUGGGUAAGUAUGCCCAGAAGAAGAUGAGAGAGAUCCAGGAGAGGGAGGCAACAGAAUACAUCGCCCAGGCCAGACGGCAGUUCCACUUUGAGAGUAACCAGAGGACGUGCAACAUGACAGUACUGUCUAUGCUCCCUACAUUAAAGGAAGCCAUCACUCACCAUCUAAACUCGGAAAGCCUUACCGCCCUGCUAAAAACCAAACCUGCCAAUAAACUGGAGAUCUGGGAGGACCUUAAGAUCAUCAGUUUCACCCGUAGUAUCGUGGCCGUGUACAGCACCUGUAUGUUGGUCGUCCUCCUGAGGGUUCAGCUGAACAUCAUAGGAGGAUACCUCUACCUGGAAAACUCCGUGGGGAGCAGCGGGAAGACUUCCUUGGCUCCUCCAGAUGUCCAGCAGCAGUACCUAUCCAGUAUCCAGCACCUACUGGGAGAUGGUUUGAUAGAGUUAAUGACAGUGGUGAAGCGAGCAGUACAGGACACACUAGGAGGGAUGUCUCUUAAACAGAACAUGUCCCUCUUGGAGUUGGAGCAGCAGUUGAACUGGAUCAGAGCUCAGGUGGAGGGGGGGUCUCUCCUGGACCAAGGGGCCAGCGCGGAGCCCGGUGCCCAGCGUCCCUUAACGUGCUACAUGAUGACUGAUGAGGAAAACAGUCUUUCUGACCAGGCAUGUGGGCUGACAGAGAGUGAUGUUAUGACCAUCAAGCUGCUAAAUGAGACAAGAGACAUGUUGGACAGUCCGGACUUAAGCACUGUUCUCAACACUUGUCUGAACCGAGGCUUCUCUCGUCUCCUCGACAACCUGGCCGAAUUCUUCCGCCCACCUCCUGGUGACCCCACCUUUUGCUCAGCUCCUGAUAGCCUGUCUGCUGUCAGCCUACCGCUGGCCAAGAUCAUCCCCAUCGUCAAUGGUCAGAUCAACACUAUCUGCAGUGAGAACCCAAGUCACUUUGUCCAGGAUUUGCUGAUGAUUGAUCAGGUGAAGGAGUUUGCGGCCAUCGUGUAUGACACCUUCAGCACCCCAGCACUUCAGAAGUAAUGUGACAGAGACGUAUUCAUCUUCUCUCCCCCUUGGGAGAAACCAACAUGACGACGUUCCUCUUCUGGACUCUGCACAACAAACACUCUCUCUCUCUCUGUCUGUCUGUCCCUUUUUCUAUCGUCAUCUCUCUUUUCCUCCCUCUUUCCGUUUCUGUCUUUCUGUCUCUGACGAUGAAGAGUUGUGCUGCGAGCGAGCUAUGCAGACUGUAGGACUCACGUGACCUUAAGGCCAGCAUUUUGACUGGUCCUUCUUUUGCAGUCAAAUGCAUCUUGGGAAGUGGAGUGUUAUUUGGCCUAGGAUAUGGUUCUGUUAAAAAGAUCUGCAUCCGGUCCUGUACAGGACUAGAGGUCUGCACGCUGGUGAAACCUCUGGAGCAGACCACGACCUGCUGCCUGAUGAUGCUGAGGUAAUGUGGGGUGUUUCUCUUGAUCUUGCCUGUUUUAAAAUACCAUGGCAGUCAUAACCUUUUUCACAACUAACUGCUCGAUCUCCAGCUGUUGGUUGUGUACUUCUGUACUUACUUUUGUCACCCACUAGAUGUCACUGCUGUUUAGUAGGUUGGCGUCAUUUUAAAACACUAUCAUCCAUUGAGCGUAAAGGUUUUCAUGUUAAACCCUCCAUGACUUUUUUUUAAAAGGCAAAAAUCUGAAAAACUCAUCCCUCAAUAGUUAACAAAAGUAUUUUUGUACUAUUCCAGUGUUCAGAUAUGUCGGUAUUUGGGAAACGGGUAUUGAAACGGGCAACAAUUUUAGAUGUUUCUUUUGAAGGCGAUACUCAUGUCGGCAGUUAUUCUGUAAGACUUCUUGUUUUUCUCUCCUGGAAGCGGCGGGGAUCUCGUCUAGAAACUUCUUCACUCUUUUAUUUCCUUCAUGUUGUUUUUUUACAAGAACUGUUUCUUCGUGCGCAGUCGUAAGUCAAAUGGAAUGAAUGACUGGUUCAAGGUUCUUUUUUUGCAUCCAGGAAUUUGGGAAACUUGGUUUUAUAAAGCUACCAACUCGGUCCUUGAGGUGAGGUUUUCUCUAGACGUCGUGUAAUAAUUGAUCAUUUUAGUCAGGCGAUGUGAAUCUGUCAGAGACAGUUGGCACCCAUUCAAAUGGCCCUCCAGGGAGUCGGUCAGAGAUGUCUACUUUUUGUUUUUGUCGAAGUGAUCCAGUUGUUCGGGACAUCUUUUCUGUGGUUGCACCUUGCGUGCAUGUUUGUCGCAGAUAGAAAUACAUUCCUGGGUGUUGUCGUCAUUCUCCGUGGAGGCUCUGGCUCAAACACAACAGUACUUUGCUUUUUUUCUUUUUAUUUAUGGUUUUUGUCGCUCUUCGGUGACGGGUUGGUGCAUCCAGGGCAAAUCUGUCUUUAUUUUUAGACAAUCGGUCCGGUGUUUGUGAGUAAAUGCAACACGUUUCUCUGAUUGGCUGCUGACAUAAUAAUUUUUAAUUCACCCUGUUGAGAUCACACGCAUCUGUCUGGUGCUCCAACACGAACGCCGUGGACCACAUGGAAAACCCUGUGACGGAGGAGCCCCCCGUGCCCCCUUAUUAAUCACACCAGUCCCCACGUGUUACGUCUGUCGUUGUCCUCUGUAUACGACAGACCAACCAUCCAAAAACGUUUCAGCUAUGUUAAAUGUACAGUUUCAUUUAUAGGUUAUGGUAGAUUCAUUCUUUCCCAUCUGAUUGGUCGGAAGGCCUCAGCAUCAGUUACACAUUACUGGGCGAAGCUUUAAAUUCCCUCCUUCCGUUACUCCAGUGAAGAAAGGUAGAAACCAGAUAAGCUGACCAUGUGGAGGUCCGGUCUGUCUGGAAAGUGGGCUGGUUAGGUAACCACUGGGAUGAAGGGGAAUGGGACAAAGUGGCCUGUGGACUGGGAAGUGUUUGUUCCCCUCCCGGCUGAUGAAAGUGGGGGAUAGUGUAAGGUUGUUGAGACUUUUUUGUUUCUUUAUUUCUGUUUUCUGCUUUGGUCGCCACAGGCUGGGGCAGGUGGGAAUGUCAGAUCCGGUUGGUGUUAAUGUGAUGGUAUGCCUUUUUGUAACAUAGCGCUCAGAAUGACAACGGAAAUGUAUGUUUGUAGUAAUUCGUUGAAAAUAAAUAAAGUAUGUUAUUUGAUACAUUUCAUGUAUAUGUGUGUGCGUGUGUGUGUGUGUGCGUGUGUGUGUGUGUGUGUGUGUGUGUGUGUGUG